GUUUGAUAUUUAAUAUACAUUUCUGCUGCUUGAUUCAUUAGUUUUGAUAUAAUGAUGGGAGUAUUAACAACUUUCUUCUUUCUGCUCGUCAUCAAUAUUUCCCUGCAGGAUGAACCUCCUUGUACUGGACCUUGCAUUGACCAGAAAUGUCCUAGUGUCUGUUAUGGGCUUGAUGAGGACAUUUUAUGUACUUGUGAACAGGUAGGAAAAAAUGACCCCAGCUGCAAGGAUCCUACCGGUAGUGUUUGUACACUUGUAACCCCUCCUACUACUGUUGAUGAAACUACUUGUCCAACAAUUUGGUCAGAAAAUACUGAAGCUGUAGCUUACACAUACAAGCACUUGGCUGUGAAUGAUGGUGUAAAUGUAUGCACCCUGUUUAAAGUUUGCAGGAGUUACGAUGAUGUCCCCCAUCCUGGCAAAACAGUUGUGAAAGAGACUGUAGGAGAAAAGAAGUGCCAGCAUUGUCCUACAUUAACAUUUAUACCUGGACCCACUUCAAUUCAUUGGAGUUGUGGUAGAGAAGAUCCUUACUAUCAUACGAUGGGAUCAGGAACAAUCUGUCAUCCUACACACACAUGCUCAAUUGGAACAGAAGUAACAAGUGAUGCAACUUUGACAUGUGUAACAAACCCCGAGGAAACUGUUGGACAAUGGCAAGACAAAGACAAUAAUGUGGUUUUGCCAAAUGUUGCAGACAAGGAAUGUGGUUGUCCGACCUUGGCUAUUGCUGCUGAGUCAGGCACCCAACUCUCCUGUACUAAACCAGUCACCCCAACUGCUGGGUUUUAUGUACUGGAUGCUUCUAAUACCUGUCUCCUUACUUGUGAUGGAUAUUAUGUGAUGUCUAUGAGGUGUACUUUCCCUACAACUGCCAGUGGAACUCAGUGGGUGAAGGAUGAUGACACUAUUAUUGAAGCAGAGAAGGGGUGUAUGUCUUGUUGGGAAGGUGGAUGUGCGGAUUACACCCCAUCACCAGAGGUACCAUACAAUGGGGAACUUAUCUGGACAUGAAUAAGGAAGAACCAACCAUGAAUGUUGUUUUCAUUUAAAGCCACUAUUUUCAGAAUUAUCUUUUGCUCCUCUAAUUGGAUUAAAAUAAUUCUUGUUAAAAACCUCCUGUAAAAUAGAAAAUCAAGAGCUUUAACUUCUUUGGCUUAUAGAGAAAGAAUACCAAAAAAUAUUAUGAAUUUGAAAAUAAAUAUUUCGUUUUGUAAA